UGUCUUCCGUCCUUUAACGCUACUUUUCUGUGAAUUUAGUUUCUAAGGAAUCUUUAGAACUAUAUAUACAGCAUCAUUUCCCUUCACAAAGAACACAAGCCAUUCGCAUCCUCGAGUUUCAACAUUUGGUUUCAUUCACGUAAAUUUGAUAUUGAUCUUCUUCCUUUAAGCAGGAACAAAAAAUGGGCUUCCGUAUACCAGCUAUUCAAAGGCCAUCAUCAGUCACAGCUAGGCAAGCAGCUUCAAAAUCUGUAGAAGUCCCAAAGGGCUAUCUUGCAGUGUAUGUUGGAGAGAAACAGACACGAUUUGUGAUUCCCAUAUCAUAUUUGAACCAACCUUCAUUUCAAGACUUACUGAGUCAAGCUGAGGAAGAGUUUGGAUAUGAUCAUCCCAUGGGUGGCCUCACAAUUCCUUGCAGUGAAGAUGUCUUCCAACAUAUAGAUUCUCGCUUGAAUAGAAAAUAAAUCUCACACUGUAGGACACUGACAUAGAUUAGUAGAGAAAUUUUGUACCAGAGUGAUCUUCUCAACUUGUAAAGAUUGCCCCAUUUUUUGUAGUGACAAUGAAUUCAAUUGCUAA